AUGUCGUUUUGGCAGUCGUCCGCCUCGAGUCUGCACUCAUGGAACUCCCUUAUCAAAUCCUCCCGCAAGAUCCAGCAAGCACUGUUCUAUAUUCCCGUCGAAACGCCGGUGCCACACCACCCACGCACCAAGAACCCGUUCAUCACCGACAUAAUCUGGCCCGAGUUCAUCCACCGCCAACUACUCUCAUACACCCGACCCGGAACCGCCUGCUGCUUCGAGAUCCCGGACAUGGCGUCCAAAAAGCGCGAAGCGGCGUAUCUCCGGCCCGAGGCCAGCUGGCAGAACAUGCUUCUCCAGCAGCCGCCCAACUGCAUUGUCCGUCUGUGAAACCCGAGACGUUCCGACGUGCGGUACCACAAUUAUAGCGAUACCGCCGACAGCCUCGUGCGGUGGAAACCGAAGGGAGACUACCUCCGAUUGAAGCAUGUGGUAUACUACAUCGACGCGGGAGCAUUUACACCAUCCCCUUGGCCGUUCCUAUGCUUUGUUAAUGGAUGGGAACUGCAUAGGGUCGUGAGGAAGCCUGAGCGACGCGAUAAAAUGAAGAGGAGCCCCGAUCUCGGGCGGUAUUUGGCCAGUUUUGAUCUUACUGUCAACACCGCUUCUAAGGGCUGUUGGCCGGUGGUGAUUACUCCCCCUGACCAACCUCGACGGACGGGCCGUUCGAUCUAUCUCCCUUCUUGGUUCAGCCGAAGGGAUGUGAGAUUAUUGGAGG